AUGGCUGCGCAACUUGCACAGAUGAUACUACUUGUGGGUCUUGCACUUCAGAAAGCGACGCAGUAUCUUCAACUUCUCCAAACACUUGCUCACCUAAAUGUACAGUUGGCUCAAAUGGCUGCGCAACUUGCACAGAUGACACUACUUGCGGGUCUUGCACUUCAGAAAGUGAUGCAGUAUCUUCAACUUCUCCAAAUACUUGCUCACCUAAAUGCACAGCUGGCUCAAAUGGCUGCGCAACUUGCACAGAUAGCACUACUUGCGGGUCUUGCACUUCAGAAAGCGAUGUAG